CAGAGCGGCUAACAAGAGAAGAAGACCCAUCAGACAAGAACCGGGGGGGACCUUUGAUCAAGGUGGCCAUCAUGACGAUGGAACAUCAGAUUGUUGAGAAGCAGGAUGUGACGAUUCACCGUCUACACACUACGGUACCAAAUGUCUCAGAAGAGAUCUCUGAAGAAUUUCUUCUGGAUUUUGAUGAUCUUGCAGUUCAGGAAAUAGUUUAUCAGUCAUUCCAGAAAAAUCCUCAUGAACAUCAAUGCCAUGCUUCGGUUAAUGAAUCUAGAUCCAAUCAUGAGAUUGGCCAGAGCAGUCAUGGUGGCAGCAGUUCAGUGACCACUGAUAUCCUAUUACAAUUCACGUCUGAUGAAGCUAUAGCUCAGCAGUAUGAAAUACUGGAUAAUUUGCCUGCCGAUGCAUCUUUCAGUGCAUUAAAUCAGUCAGAAGCUGCAGAAAACAUUUCAGAUCAAAUGUCUGGUGGAUCUUCUUCUGCCGACUCUCCUGGACAGGACACAAGGCAAGACAGCAUUGACCCAGAUCAAAUGUCUUAUGAGCAAUUGCAAUCACUAGAGGAAGAAAUGGGUAAUGAAAGCAGAGGGUUGUCGGACGAGCUUAUAUCUUACUUGCGAGAUCUAAAGCACAAAUGCGGGUUCUUCUCAAAAGGCAAAAAUGAGGAAUGUGUCAUUUGUAAAAUGAAUUAUAGGAGAGAAUGGUUGAUUACGUUGCCUUGUAAACAUUGUUAUCAUUCACACUGUAUCAUUCGUUGGUUGGAGGACAAUAAGGUAAGAUGUUAUAUGACAUUGCUAUAAGUAUCACCUGCCUUU